AUGGAUCUACAUGGAAAAACGAUACAACAGAUUAUUGGAACGGAUGAUCCCACUGUAAAAGCUUUUAUUACCGAUAUUUUCACUACUAGUUCGAGUAUUUUCCAAUUCACUACUUCUGUAUUAAAACUAGACGUCGGGUUAGAUAUUAAAUCCAUCCAACAACUAUAUCAUCUAUUAAAACAAGAACAGACACCAGCUAAACCAAAUGACAACUCAAAAGAUAAUGAUACAAAGCAUUUAAAAAAGAAUAACGAUACAAGGUAUAAGGACCCCUCACCAACAAGAGGUAGACAACAAACUCAAUCCACGGUGAAAAAGAGAAAACUUACAUCUCCAGAGAGAUGGGAGAUCAAACAACUUAUAGCUAGUGGUGCUGCAAAUAUAAAUGACUAUCCUGAACUGAUAGAGAACGAAGAUAAAUCAGAAACAUCUGCACAGGAAGAUGAUCUAGAUAUAGAAGUCAAUACCACUGAUCAUCCGGAUUUCUUGAAACAAGAAUUUAAACCAGGUUUUAAAAAAUAUGAGAUGCCCAAGAUCGUAAAGGCUCCCAGAGGUCCGAUGAAUAGACAAGCCAGGUAUGGUUCCAAUUUAAUUAAAUCACAUCGUGAAGAGAAACUUCAUCAAAAGAAAAAUUUGGAAAAGAUUAUGAGACAAAAAAAUGUUUCUGAGGAUCCAACUUUGAAUUCUAAUAAAUUUAAAAAAAAAUUUAAUAAUUUUAAUGAAAAAAAUUUAGUAGUAACAGAUUGGGAAAGGAAAAAUUUAAAUGAGAAAAUCACUUUUGGUAAACAUACUACACUUUCCUUAACAGAGCAACGUAAAUCCCUGCCUGUAUAUAAAAUGCGGUCUGAAUUGAUCGAUGCAAUUAAGCAAAAUCAAUUUUUAAUUAUUGUCGGAGAAACAGGUUCAGGGAAAACCACCCAAAUUACUCAAUAUCUUUAUGAAUCAAAUUUCACCAAGAAUGGUAUAAUAGGGUGUACUCAACCUAGAAGAGUGGCCGCCGUCUCUGUGGCUAAAAGAGUCUCCGAAGAAGUCGGUUGUAAAUUAGGUGAAAAAGUUGGUUAUACAAUUCGUUUUGAAGAUCAUACUUCUUCACAGACUAAAAUCAAAUAUAUGACUGAUGGUAUGCUUCAAAGAGAAGCAUUGAUCGAUCCAUUGAUGUCUAAAUAUUCAGUCAUUAUGCUAGAUGAAGCGCAUGAAAGAACCGUCGCUACAGAUGUAUUAUUUGCUCUAUUGAAAGACGCAGGCCAAAAGAGACCUGACUUGAAAAUUAUAGUGACUUCUGCCACUCUAGAUUCAAAAAAGUUUUCUGAAUAUUUUCUUAAUUGCCCUGUCAUUAAUAUUCCUGGUAAGACUUUCCCCGUAGAAGUACUAUACUCACAAUCCCCUCAAAUGGAUUAUAUAGAAGCAGCAUUGGAUACCGUAAUGGAAAUUCACAUUAAUGAAGAACCAGGUGAUAUACUAGUGUUUUUAACAGGUCAAGAAGAAAUUGACUCAUGUUGUGAAAUUUUAUAUCAAAAAGUGAAAACUCUUGGUGAUGCUAUAGGAGAGUUAAUCAUCUUGCCCGUAUAUUCUGCAUUACCAAGUGAAGUUCAGUCGAAAAUUUUUGAACCUACUCCAAAGGGGAAAAGAAAAGUAGUCUUUGCUACAAAUAUUGCCGAAACUUCCAUUACAAUCGAUGGAAUAUUUUAUGUCAUAGAUCCAGGCUAUUCAAAAGUUAAUACUUUUAAUCCAAGAGUAGGUAUGGAGCAAUUAAUUGUGACACCAAUUUCACAAGCUCAGGCAAACCAAAGAAAGGGUAGAGCAGGUAGAACUGGUCCAGGGAAGUGCUAUCGUUUAUACACGGAAUCAGCUUUUUUCAAUGAAAUGCUACCUACAACAAUUCCUGAAAUUCAAAGACAAAAUUUAUCAAAUACAAUUUUAAUGUUAAAGGCAAUGGGGAUAAAUGAUUUAUUGAAUUUUGGAUUUAUGGAUCCACCACCAAGAAAUUCAAUGGUUAGAGCAUUAGAAGAAUUAUAUCAUCUAGAAUCAUUAGAUCAAGAUGGGAAUAUCACACAAUUAGGAUUGAAAAUGUCUCAAUUCCCUAUGGACCCUAAACUAUCAAGAUCUCUUUUGACUUCAGUGUCUAAUAAUUGCUCACAAGAGAUGAUCAUUAUUAUGUCCAUGUUAACUGUUCAAAAUAUAUUUUAUAGGCCAAAGGGGAAACAACAAGAGGCUGAUUUGAAAAAAUCCAAAUUCCAUCACCCAUACGGUGAUCAUCUAACACUUUUAAAUGUUUAUAACCAAUGGGAGAUAGCUGGUUGUUCAGAACAAUUCUGUACAGUAAAUUUUUUACAUCAAAGACACUUGAGAAGAGCAAAAGAUGUUAAGAAACAAUUGGAGACGAUAUUUAAAAAUUUGAAAUUACCUCUAAUAAAAUGUUAUGGUGAUCCAGAUUUGAUUAGAAAGACUUUAGUAGCUGGAUUUUUUAUGAAUGCUGCAAAGAGAGAUUCAGAAGUAGGUUACAAGACAAUCUCAAGUAAUACAGAAGUGGGCAUUCAUCCUUCCAGUUCUUUAUUUGGUAGGGAAUAUGAGUAUGUUAUAUAUCAUUCAUUAGUAUUGACUUCAAGAGAAUAUAUGUCUCAAGUGACAAGUAUAGAACCUAAUUGGUUAUUAGAAGCCUCGCCUCACUUCUAUAAACCUACUGAUGAAAAUAGCCAUUCUCGUAAAAAGGCAAAGAUUGUUCCCUUAUACGAUAGGUUCGCUAAAGAUCAGAACUCUUGGAGAUUGAGUUCAAUUAGACAAACCCGUGAAAGAGCUCUUGGGAUUAAAAGAUAG